AUGGAGGUGGACUCCAAUACAAAGGCCUACCGUAUCAUCGGAUACGUCACUGUUACCGUAUCCACCUUGAUAUUCGGUGGCAAAAUGACGCGAAUCGAAGAGGAGUCGAUGAGCGAGGACGAUGUUGCUCAUUCUCGUCUUCUGGCCCAUGAUGAUGAUUAUUCUAAAUAG